UUUUUGUGGGAAAAGCCCCGAAACGAAACUGAGACAGUCACCGCCACCACCCAAACCACAGUGUUUGCCGCCGAAGCUGAGAACUUCGCCGCCGCCUUCGAUUCAUUUUUGGUUCUAAACAAUCACACACACCUGCAGCAAUGUCGUCGAGGAUUUGCGUCAAGAAUUUGCCGAAACACGUCGACGAUAAGAAGCUCCGGGAGCUUUUCUCCGAGAAAGGAGAAGUCACGGACGCCAAGCUCAUGCGAACCAAGGAAGGCAAGAGCCGCCAGUUCGCUUUCAUAGGGUUCCGCUCCGAGCUUCAAGCUCAGGAGGCCAUCAAAUACUUCAAUAAAACUUUUAUUGAUACUUACCGGAUUAGUUGCGAGCUUGCUCGGAAAGUUGGGGAUCCCGAGAUUCCGAGGCCGUGGAGUCGACAUACUAAGGAGAAAGAGAAGGAGAAGGAGAAGAGAGAGAGUGAAGGUGCUGCCGCGGCGGAGGCGAAAAGCCGGAGCGGAGUGGGAGGGAAGAGGAGUGAGGAUGAGGAUGAGAUUGAUGAUCCUAAGCUUAAGGAGUUUUUGCAGGUGAUGCAGCCUAGGGCUAAGUCGAAAUUGUGGUCGAAUGACACUGUGAUUGCUAAUGUUGAGGGGAAAAUUGGGAAAGGAGAGAAGAAGAGAGAGCAGAGAAAGAAGGGGAAUGAAGAGAGUUUGGCGACGAUGGAUGUGGAGGUAGAGGAGGAAGUGGAGAAGGAUGAUUCACACAAUGUGGCCAAGGAUAAUGUGGUUUCGGAUAUGGAUUACUUCAAGAGUAGAGUGAAGAAGGAUUGGUCGGAUUCUGAAAGUAGUGACAGUGAUGAUGAGGAAGAGGAGGAGGAGGAAGGUGAAGAAUUAGAUGCUAAGGAAGAAGCUGAGGUUAAUGAAGAAGAGGCAGGAGAGGAACAAGUACUUGCACAGGGUAAUCCUUCGUCCAGUUUGAAAGAUGAGAAAGAUGAAAUGCUUGAUACUAGUCGGCUUUUUGUUCGAAAUUUGCCAUUUACAGCAACAGAGGACGAGUUGGAAGAGCAUUUUUGCAAAUUCGGGGAUGCACAAGUUCAUCUUGUUAUUGAUAAAGAAAUGAAUCGGUCCAAGGGAAUUGCUUAUGUUCUUUACUCGCAUCCAGAAUCGGCACAAAGGGCAUUAGAAGAAUUAGACGGUUCAAUUUUUCAAGGAAGAUUGUUGCAUGUUAUGCCAGCAAAACAAAAAAACCCGUCUCCAGGGGCUGAUGAUUCGGCAAACCAAGCUUCAAAGUCUCUUAAGCAACAAAGGGAGGAGAAGAGGAAAGCAUCCGAAGCUAGUGGAGAUACACGAGCAUGGAAUAGUUUGUUUAUACGCACUGAGACAGCUGUUGAUCACUUAGCUCGGAAGUUUGGGGUGAGCAAGAGUGAUUUUCUUGACCCGCAAGCUGAUGAUGUCGCUGUACGUGUUGCUCAAGCAGAGACACAAGUGAUUGCGCAGACAAAAAAGGCUCUUACAAAUGCUGGUGUAAAUGUAGAAUCUUUAGAGAAUUUUGCUGCUGGGAAAGGUGGUGAUAUGAAAAGAAGCAACCAUGUUAUACUUGUGAAAAACUUGCCAUAUGGUUCUUCUGAUAGUGAACUAGGAAACAUGUUUGGAAAAUUUGGGAGUUUUGAAAAAAUCAUUAUGCCUCCGACAAAGACAUUGGCGUUGGUUGUCUUUUUUGAACCUUCUGGAGCUCGAGCAGCUUUUAAAGGUUUGGCGUACAAGAAAUACAAGGAUGUUCCUCUAUAUUUGGAAUGGGCUCCUGGCAAUGUUCUUAGUCCAAGUUCAACAGCUGAGAGCAAUGAAAAGAAGCAUUCUGCUGUUGCUGAACAUAAGCCACUGGUGGAAGGAACUCCAGAUGAUCUUGAUCUUGAUCCUGAUAGAGUUGAGUCACGAACUCUAUAUGUCAAGAAUUUGAACUUCAAGACAUCUGACGAGAGCUUGAAGAAGCAUUUUGAACAAGUGAAGGAGGGAAGAAUAUUGAGCGCCAAGGUGAAGAAACAUUUGAAAAAAGGGAAGAAUCUUUCAAUGGGAUUUGGUUUUGUAGAAUUUGACUCUGUGGAGACAACCACAGAGGUUUGCAAGAGUUUACAGGGAACAAUUUUGGAUGGCCACCAACUUAUUUUGCAACAUUGUCAUGCCAAGCAAGAUGACGUGCCAAAAAAAGUUGUGAAGGACAAAAGUUCAACAAAAAUACUUGUAAAAAAUGUAGCCUUUGAGGCUACAAAGAAAGAGCUUCGACAGUUGUUUAGUACAUAUGGCGAGAUUAAAAGCUUGCGGUUACCAAACAGAUUGGGACAGCAUAGAGGCUUUGCAUUUGUGGAGUUUGCCACAAAGCAAGAGGCAGAAAAUGCCAUCCAAGCGCUUGCAAGCACACAUCUGUACGGUCGCCAUCUGGUUCUGGAGAGAGCAAAGGAAGGUGAGACCUUGGAAGAUUUAAGAGCUCGAAUAGCUGCUCAGUUCACAGAUGACCAAAAUACUAUUUCCAGGAAAAGGAAGGCUGUCGCAACCUUGGAUGAAGAUAACAUGAAAUUUGAUAUGACUGAAUGACGAGUGGUAUCAAAUAUUUGGCGCGUGCAGUGUGAAUUUGAGUUGUACUUUGUUGCUAUAGGUUAUAGUUCAUCUGAUAUAGUCAAGCUAGCUCCGGUUUUGCUUAGUUGGGGGGCUGGUGUGUGUUGUUUUAUCACUGGGGCACUCAUUUUUGUGAGCCAUGUUUUAUGUAUUUAAGCAAAUGCUGAAGGUAUGCAAAUUUUAGUAUA